CGUUCUUGCAAGUAAAUGCACCAAAAGGAAGAUAAAAAGGAAAGCAUGUCUUUACGAGGAUCUGUCUCCACUUGGAUCAUUGCACUGACUGCUGCGUUGCUUCAGAUGGCGGGGACGUGUCUUGCAGAAGCGUUGAAAAUCGGUGUGCCUGAGAACUACGACGGCAUAUUUCCCUGGUACCUGACCAAGCUUCCUAACCUGCCAGCCGGAUACAGAAACCUCACUGUGACCGGGGAUGACGGGGGAAUAUUCGGGGUGGAUUCAGGGUUCCUGUACGCAUUGAAACCCCUGGACAGAGAGAAACAGCCCACCUAUUCUCUACAGGUGUCUUUCGCUGGUGUUGGCGUAACGCAGAGCUUCACGGUGGAGGUGUGCGUAAGCGACAAGAAUGACAAUGUCCCAGAAUUCAUUGAGGAGAGCAUGCGAGGAGUGGUGCAGCUCGGGCUGCUUAAAGGGAUCCCGUUCAUGAAGGUGGAGGCGCGCGACCGGGACGACCCCAAUACCCUGCACGCCGAGCUGCGCUACAGUCAGCUGGACCAGACUCCCAGAAUUCCCUCCAGCCAAAUGUUCUUCAUCGACCCACGCACCGGAGAAGUGUCGCUCACUGAAGAAGGGGCCUCCACGCUGGACCCGGAGAUGUGCGGUCGUUACCGGCUCACCAUCAUAGUCAAGGACAUGGCCGGGAAGCCCACCGCCUUCUACUCGACCGGGACCGUGACCGUGGAGGUGACCGGGAACACGUGGGGCUCGCCGGACCCCGUGCGUCUGCAGGAGAACCUGCCCGGCCCCUACCCAAUCGCCAUCUCCCAGGUUAAGUGGAGCGGAAGCCCAGUUGUGUACACUCUGGAAGGUGAAUUCCCUGAGAUGCUCUUCACCAUCAGCAGAGAGGGGGUGAUCUACCUCAACGCUCCCCUGGACCGGGAGACUCAGGACCAGUUCCUGAUAAACAUCGUGGUGGAGCGGUCGGACGGAAGAGAGAUCGCCAAACCCGCGGAGCUGCGUGUGAUGGUGGGCGACGCCAACGACAACCGGCCCACCUUCCCCCAGCCGCAGUACCACGCCGUCAUCAACGAGCUCGCCGGCAAGGGGACGGAGAUUCUCACGGUCCAGGCGGCGGACAACGACGAUCCGAAAACGGAUAACGUGCGGAUCUUCUACCGGCUGGUGGGCCUGAGUCCGGACAGCCCCCGGGCCCUGUUCCGGGUGGACAGCGAUUCGGGGGUCAUCUCCGUCCAGGCCGACAACAUGGUGGGCGCCGCUCGCCAGUACGUACUGACCAUCAUCGCCGAGGACGCCAAAGGUCUGAACAGCUCCUGUACUGUUGUUGUUGACAUCCUGGAUCAGAACAACAACCCGCCCGUUUUUUCCCAAAGCGAGGUACCCAGAAUGCGUUUGGCGGACGAAGCGUCUGUUGUGUUGACCCUUCCGUGUGUCGGUGCCUGGGACGGAGAUGAGCGGGGGAGAGACAGCUGGCUGGUGGAUUACAGGCUGGAGUCUGGAAACGAGGAGGACAUCUUCACUCUGGAGGCCGACCGACAGACCAACGAGGUCUCCGUGAUCCUCCAGAAGGUGCUGGACUACGAGCACAUGCGCGAGUACGCCCUGGUUCUCAGCGCCCGGAACCCCGAGGUCCUGGUCCAUGGGGAAUAUGGUCCGGCGUCCACGGCAACAGUGUCCAUUGUCAUCGAUGACAUCAAUGAGGGACCCAGCCUUCCAGAGAGCCACUACGAGGUGACCGUGAGGGAAGGGGAGGAACCGGGGCGGGUCAUCGCCACAAUCCGGGCAUCUGACCCCGAUUCGAACCCUAUCAGAUACUCGCUGAGAGGAGACACCAAGAAACACUUCACCAUCGACAAGGACUCGGGAGAGCUGAGGACCGUGCAGUCGCUGGACAGGGAGGAGAACAGCACCUACACCAUGGAGGUUAUCGCCGUGGACGGGAAGAACUCCUCGCUGUCCGUCACGGCCGUGGUGACCGUGCACAUCCUGGACGUGAACGACAACAGCCCGGUUUUGGUGGGGGACUACUCCUGGAAGUACCUGUGCACCCCGCGCUGGGAGGAGCAGGCCGUGGUGCUGGCGUCCCGGGACAGCGACGGGCCCCAGCACGGCGGCAGGCUCAACUUCUCCCUCAGGAGCGACGCCACCGUGCGCCGAAACUGGAAGCUCACGCCCAUCAACGAUACCCACACUAACCUUUCCCUCAACACUCCGCACCUGCCCCCGGAUGUCUACAUGAUUCCCUUCACCAUCUCGGACAGCAGCUCGCCCCCCAGGAGCACCUUCAUCAACCUGCCAGUGACCGUCUGCCCCUGCAACGUGAGGGGUAACUGCAGGACCGCCGCCAAGCAGCUGCAGGGCAUGCCCACUGUGGAGUCCACUCUCGGGAUCUUGCUGGGCACCCUGGGGGUCAUCGCCAUUAUUCUGACAGUCGUCUUUGUGAGGCUGUCCUACCAAAAUCCAAGACCAAAGAGCAAAACCAGCCAGGAGAAAUUACCUUUGAAAGCUUCCGCCUAACCUUCUCCGCUCUGUAUUUUGUACUGGAUUAAGACAUGCAUUUGAUAACACCGCCUCAGAAAUCUGUUUAUAAACCCUUACAGAACAUGUCUUAUUUGACGGGGCUGUAUGUGGCUGUAUGGUCUCGCCAAUGUACUCAAACAAGUGGCCAUCUUUGUUUUCCCACCAGGAAGUUUGUAAGGGUCUGCAUGGCAUGGUUAAAAUGUCAAAAUGUUAGGAAUGUAGUUCAGACAUUUACUGUGAGCAUUAACCCAAAGCUGUAGACCACAUUUUCUCCACUGUGAAUUUAAGUCUUGCUCAAUAGCAUUGCACUUGCAUGAAUUUCUCAUUUCAGAUGUAUGCAUCAGAGAAAUAGAACACAUUUGUGGAUGAUACGUUUAUGUGAAGGACUGUGAUGAUAUGGUAGAGAAAGGCUUUAUUGUCAAACUGUUUUUGUGCUUUAAUUUUCCUGUGCUUUUCAUUAUAGUUUUGUAUAGCUUUCAACAUAAUGUUAACUGAAUUCUUUUAGAAUUGUAAGUAGACUCAAAAUCAUAUAUCCAUACUGUAAUAUCACUAUGUUGUUGAACAGAGUAGUGGCUAAACUAUUUGAUAUGUGGCUUGUUUCUUCUGUUUUUUUCUGUCCAUAAUAUUUAUGUCAUAGAGGUGUUCUGUUCAAAUCUAUAAUAAAUCAAAUUUUAAAAAAGAA